AAGACAUUCUUUGUUGUUAGCAUAAUAUCUUGUCUAUGACCACUGAUAUCCUACGUUGUUCAGAGAAAUACGUUUACGUACUUGUAUACGUAUUUAUGUGUCUGUAGUAAUAUUAAUGUGUAUUUGUCUUCGUGUCCCUAUGCUCUGUUUUUUUAUUUAGAAAUUUUAAAUGUUAUAAACUUGUACAAAAAUCCUGGAUCCUGCAUGAUUUAAUCAAUUGACAAGCUAUUAUCUUACGUAUAUUUCUUGUGACAAUGAGCUUAGUAAUCAUAAUCACAUAUUUGUGUAUGGCUUGAUCUUCUGUCACGGGUGUUAAAAAGUGUAUCAAGUACAUAGAAAGAACGAAAAGCGAAAAUGUCCGAGAUUACGUUCAACCGUUGUGAUGUUUGAGAUCAGAAAGAUUAGCGUAACAGAUGAGGAAGAUGGGUUGUUGAUGACCAGCCAGGUGAGCGAAGUUCAGAUCGCGUAGCUACACCAAAGCGCCUAGACGUCCAAGACGUUCGAAGGAUAUCCGCUGUCGUUUCACCUUAUUUUCGAAAAGCCUUUUUCGUUAUUCAUCAUGAGUUGGCUGCAUCGUGAGCUGGAAACUAUGGAUCCCUCGAUCUUUUUACAAUAUUCGCCUUCCCCUCCAAAUGGGCUACCACAAGAAUCGAAGUUGGCAACUUACAUGAAUCGUUCCACUUCAACUCCCACAAGAUCUCUAAACCAGGCUCUUGGCAAACUCAGCUUGGAGUCUUCACCUACUGCAAUUAAGAAGGUGGUGAUAACAGAAUUUGUUCCAAUGAACUAUUUCACUCCACCUAGCCUGCUACAGCCAGACUCGCCAGAAAGUUCUUCCCCCUCUACUAUGUCGGCAGUUCCCAAUACUUCUCAAGUGCAUCAGGAAAAUGUUGGUGGUACAACAUACUUCUACUCCACCAAUUCAGACAGCCUGAACACUUCAGGAGCCUUGAAUUCCUCUGCAUCCAUGGGCCCUUCGGAUUCAUGCUUGAGUGGUGCUGUGGGCGGCGCUGCCUCGCCGUAUGCCACUCAGAUCUACUCCGGAACACCAACUCAUAUGGGUCCAAUGACUUCGAAACAAGGUCUGGCUGCCUCCUUCUACAUGCCCGAGACGAUCCGCUCUGAGAUUUACGAAAGAAACGAUGAUGUGUUCUUGCAACCAGAUUUACGCCAGUAUCCAGAUUUACCAGAAAACGUGGAAAUGUACUCGGAACUGACGCCGCUAGAGAGUGUUGCACCGCACAGUAUUGCGACGUCAUACCGCGCUACACACCGGCAGAGCGGAGAACAUUACGCUCUGCGGCGUCUACAUUCAUACUCCACGUCUAUCACGAAACGCCUAGAGAUGUGGAAGCAGAUUGACCAUCCCAACGUCGUGAAAUUACACGACUGGUUCACUACUAAAGCCUUUGGGGACCACUCGAUGGUACUAGUGUACACCUACCACCCCGCGUGCACGACUUUGAUGAAUAAGUAUCUGUCCGGUGGUGCUGGGAACGCCGUCAACGAUGCGAACGGUGCCUUCCACGACCCGUUCUCCUCCGACCCGGAUGCACCCCGUCCAUAUACUCAUCAGAAAAAUGCGAUGCUCCGUGCGGUGGCGAGUGGUGCUUUGCUCCCUGAGGCUGUACUGUGGAGUCUCCUUGUGCAACUCACGGCGGCGCUAAGAGCAAUACACACUGCUGGACUAGCGUGCAGUAGCUUGGAUCCUACGAAGGUGGUCAUGAAUGGUUGUCGAGUGCGCAUAUCCUGGUCCGGGGCCACCGAUGCUCUGCAUGCUAACAGUACUGAUAUCGCGCAGGCACAGCAAGACGACUUGACGGCUCUGGGUAGACUCGCCCUGGCGCUGGCCUGCCGCACGAUCCACUGCGACAACCUCGCCGCCUCCAUGGAGCUCGUCGCGCGAACCUACUCCGCCGACCUAAAGAACCUUAUACUGUAUUUAUUAUCGUCGUCGACCGCUCGCCGCUCCGUCACUGAUCUCAUGCCGAUGAUAGGUGCCAGGUUUUACACGCAGGUGGAGGCGUUGGAGCGACGUGCCGAUGUAUUCGAAGAUCAACUGGCUCGCGAGAUUGAUAAUGGAAGACUGUUACGCAUACUCAUCAAAUUAGGAGUAGUUAACGAGAGGCCCGAGUUGAACCUCGAUGCCUCUUGGUCGGAGACUGGUGACCGGUACAUGUUGAAACUGUUCCGGGAUUACUUGUUCCACUCGGUUACCGCAGACGGUAGACCCUGGCUCGACCAGGCGCAUCUGGCGCACUGCCUCAAUCAGCUCGAUGGGGGCACUACGGCGAGGGUGGAGCUGAUGUCCCGUGACGAGCAGAGCGUGCUGGUGGUGUCGUACGCCGAGCUGAAGCACUGCCUCGAGCAGGCGUUCGAGGAAGUGAUGCAGGCGGCCGCCGCCGAGCCCUAGCUGCCGGCUGCGUGCUCGGCCGGCUACACAUUGCAAUAACUCGAGUAAUUACUCCAUCGCUGCCUUCACAUGCUCGGUGUUCUUUACAUGCCGCCGCUACAUCACGCAGCAAACACCACACUGAACUGACCUAAACUAAUAGUUGUAAGAAUAUUGACUCGUUUUAGUCUCUCGCAUGUCAAGGAUAUCCGUCGUAUGUAUAAACACGUGUUAGUAUGCGUUGCAUGUGCAUUUUUUGACGAUGUUAGUAGUCCAGUUAAAGAUAUAAAUGUUAAUUUAUUUGUAAUGUGAAGCCGCCGAACCGGUCCGUGUUCAAUUCUGUCAUCCGCGAAUAAAAUAUUUUUGUAGGUGCGUCGCAACUAUUGUGCUGGAUUCGUACAAGUUCGUAUAUUCGAUGGCAGUUAUUGAACCAGUGGGGAUAUCAUUGUUACUUCCCCUAUUGGGGCACAGAACAUCUCUGGGAUUACCAAAAAUAACGAGUUAUAGUGAACAAGGCGCUCGUCGCUACUUCCUUAUCCUUCAGAAGCUCUCUCGUCUAAUUUAGUAUUACACGACAGAGCCGACAGAGUAACAAUGCUUUUCUAGGAAUAUUCCUGACUCUGGGUUGUAACACGAUCUCAUUUCGGAAGCGGUCUCGACCCCUAGAACGCUUCUCAAUAACUGCACCAUAUAAACAAAAGAUACAAUAUUUUUUAUACUUAUGACGCUAUUAUUUAUCUCUUUAAUGAUUUGAAUUGAAAUUAAUUUUGCGUAUAAAUUAUAUAUACUCUAGGAAUUGACCUAUUCCUGAUUAGAGUAACCGGUCACGCCCACUAAAUUAUUGCAUGAAAUUGGGCCUUAUCGAAGUACCGUUACGGUUAGCCGCCUGAACAAACGCCACAAACAUUCCAAACUAACAACAACAAAUGGUGAGAGCUGUCAAACGACUGUUUUAUUGAAUUCAGAAUUGAGCAGUUUGUAGUAAGCUGGGCGACGCGGCGGGUCCCGCUGUUGUCGCUUUAUCGAAAGACAACGGCACGCGUGCGCUUCACGUAAUUAAACUGAGGUACAUGAUUCCACGGCCACGGCCACAUCGCAUAAUGUUAAUGUUAAAUGUUGCCGAGCGCAUCAGUUUACUUACCGGAGACACGAGUGUACUCGUUGCUAGUAUAGUUACUGUUACGUCACGUAGAUCUGAAUUUGUAUUGUGUUGGGGGCGGGGCGGUGCGGCCACCCGGUCUGAUAAUAUUAGCAAGAUCGGAAAGAUCUCUAUAAUAAACCUAUGGCAAUAAUACAGUUUUAUAUGGCCGCAGGCGGCACGCAGUGGCCACCUCGCCCUCGUCUAUCAAGUUGUUGCAGUUUAUAAAACAUUACAUAAAUUUUAUUGCAAUCUGUUUCACUCUCCCCUAGGCGUUGUUGCAACGUCUGUCUUCUUCGGCCGUUGCAGCUCGUCGAUUGUUUUAGAUAUAGGGUUCCGCAGAGAAGUAGAACAUUAUUCUUAACUAAUUUAUGUAAGAAAAUUAUUUGUAUCGAUCAAACUAUAAAUUAUUUUUAAAUGUUAGUCAUCGCUGGUUAUUUAGGUGUUAAGCAGGGUAAGCGAACAGAGCUUUUGAUAAGUUAAACGACGUUUAAAUUUAUUUUGCUAUGCACUUUUGCGAUUAAAUAAAUCACGCUCAAUUCGUCCAUCCUAUAAUAAUUGUGAUCACUGUUAAAUUAAUGGAAAGUAAAUAGAAGAAUACGUAUUUAUAGAUUGAUGUUCUGUUUGGCUGCGGAAACCCUAUAUACUCAUGUUGAUCCAGGGCAAGCUUAUUAUUCUACCCAAGUUGGUAACUUUGUAUCUAUAAUGUGUUCAAGAAGUUACUGUUUACCAUAAAUGACCCAUUUUUGGGAGAAAUAUAUGACUAUAGAUCAAUAGAUGAAAUGUACCCAGGUGCCUGGGUAUAAUAUGUUCUAAUAUUUAUUUUGAAAGUAGUCACCCCAUUGUUGAAUUUGCAAAUUCCGAUCUAUGUAGAGAUGGACUCUGAGAAUAAAAAUAUUUUGAGAUAACUAUAAGUGUAUAUUUUUUUCUAACAAAUAAAACGUUUUAACAAAUAA